GAAUCUGGAAACUCGAUUUUCCAAGUCUCUCUCUCUCUCUCUCUCUCUCUCUCUCUCUCUGCUCUGCUCUGCUGUGCCCGUCAUCGGCUUCCAACCCCCCUGGCCUGAACAAAGCUCCAAACUUUCGAUCCAAUUCAGCUUCACUUCGUCGUCUAUUACUGGUUCCCAGCUCCGAUUUUCCUGGAAUUCCAGAUCUGCUGUCCGGAUAAAUGACAAAUGUAUCAACCAAAAAGUGGUCCUAGUUCGAGCUUAGUUCGCAGCAACUCAUUGGUUCAUGGUCAGCAUUUGGAGGGUGGUCCCAGCACUAUGGAACCUGUCAACGGAGGGAACAACGCCAAUAACAAUUCUAACCUAGCCUCGAAGCAGCGCCUGCGCUGGACCCACGAGCUCCAUGAACGCUUUGUUGAUGCAGUGGCACAGCUCGGUGGACCAGACAGGGCUACACCUAAAGGUGUACUCAGAGUUAUGGGUGUUCAAGGGUUGACGAUAUACCAUGUUAAAAGUCAUUUACAGAAAUAUCGACUUGCAAAAUAUCUUCCUGACUCGUCAUCUGAUGGAAAAAAAGCUGACAAGAAAGAAUCAGCAGAUCUGCUCUCCAACAUGGAUGGUUCCUCAGGGAUGCAGAUUACAGAAGCACUCAAGUUGCAGAUGGAGGUCCAAAAGCGGCUUCACGAACAAUUGGAGGUCCAGAGACAGCUGCAGUUGAGAAUAGAAGCCCAGGGAAAGUACUUGAAGAAGAUUAUCGAAGAGCAACAAAGAAUCAGUGGAGUCCUUGUAGAUGCACCUGGGUCAGGUCUCUUGGAACCUGAAUCGGGGGAUAAGGACCAAGAAUCAGAAAACAAAACUGAUCCCGCGACCCCAGUUCCCACGUCUGAAUCCCUUGAUAAGGCCUCGAAGGAGCGGGCCCUGGCAAAGAGCCUCUCAAUGGACGAGUCCUUCUCUUCUCAUCAAGAACCACUCACCCCAGAUUCAGGUUGUCCUCUUGGUUCCCCGGCCGAGAGCCCUCAUGGUGAGAUGUCAAAGAAGAAGCAGAGGGUGGGUGAAAAUGCUUCUUCCAGUGCUAAAUCAGAUAUUGUUCUGCCUCACCAAAUUCUGGAAUCAAGCUUGAGCUCCUCCUAUCAACAACCGGCUUUGAAUUUUCUCACCCAGGAAUAAUUCGAGCCCCUCUGCAAGGGGAGGUUUGAGUGGGAAAGAGUCUCCAGUAGUGACCUGUCUGUAACUUUAAUACCUGCUGUUAGGUUCAUGGACUUCCUAAUGUGCCAUUUGGCUUUGUGCGUGUAGUUUUUAUCAGAAGAAAUUGUUUUGUUUCAGGUUAAAGAGGCACAGUUAAAUUCCACUUUGUAGUUUCUCAGUUUGAUCUUUUAACUAAUAUUUGCAGGUUCUUUGGCA